AUUACUUAAACUCAUAUAUUGAAAGCCAACAUCCAUUUAGUAAUCUUUUUAGAUCUAUAGCUGUGCCAGAGUCAAACAUGUGGUAUUGAUGCCUGCUGGGCGCUCUAGUUAUCAGCAUUGUUUUUAUAGAAUUCUCUGGACUCCCCUGAUCAUAUAGCUUCCUCGAUCCUGGAAGUCACUUUUACUUUUGAAGAGGUUUUUGACAGUAUGUGUUGUGUUUUGUUUACAUAUAUUGCUAAUUUGUCAUGAGGAAGAAGCAAAAUACCAGGAAGAACGAGAUGAACUUUUUUAAAACAGCAAUACUGAAAAGGAAAGCAAUACUGAAGAACAGCAAGACAAACAAAAACCCAAAAAGAAUCAAAAUAACAACAACAGAACAGCACAGACACCAACCAAUAAUAAAAUAAAGAAAAAGCAACUAGAACAACUCAGAAAAGAACAAUAACAACAACAAACACUGAAGGAUUUAGAACAAGAGUUAACACGAACAAGGACAAGAACAAGAGAAAAAAAGUCUGAGAAGUGCAGCAACGAGAACAAAGGCUGAAACUAGAAAGACAUACACUGAAUGAAGAAAGUGAUACGUGAGAACACGAACAACAUUAAGACGGCACAAAAAGAGCUGGCAAAGAAACCUGCUGCUGAGCUAAAAUUGCCGCUUGAUGGAUUUACAAUAGGAAGGCGUUACCAUGGGGAUGAGUAUUAUAAAUAUCAUUUCUUGUCCGUGGAAGAGUUUACAGAUGAAUGGCCUGUGUGGAUCUUAUUAAACUACCUUUAUUCCCCCAGGUUAUGAUUUGCAAUUGGUAAUAUAACAUCGACAAAGAAACUACGUUUGUGAAUGAGAGAAAUAUCUUCAGCAAUUCGCUAAUCCAUCAAAAGUGAAUGCGCAGUGAUUUGGUCAUCAUCUAGUUGUGUUGAUCACAUUUUAUCUUAAGUCAUAUACUGACAAUAUUUUUAAUUGCUUCUCAUUGAAAGUCGACCAGAAACUUCUGGAAAAUGAAAGUUAUCAGUAACUCCCUCUCAGUUCAAGUAUAUAUUCUAUCCUUUUUUGUCUUUUUUAUAAUCUUUUGUGGUGCUGAAUCAAUAACGAUAGCCGAGGUAUAAUGGGCGCUCUCGAGACUCGAAGGAAAAGCUGUUGAACUUCAUAGGAGUUGCCAUUAACUUUUUUACAUCUCGUUGGCAGUAAUUUAGUUCUGGCGAAAGUUUUCGGUUGUCAGGUAUCUGUUUACUUGGAAGCAAGCUAGAUAAACCGCAAAGCCAAUUGGCAUCGUCAGCUAAUCAAGAUAUCCUGUACAGGUGUAUUAAGGUUAUUCUGAUCGCUUAAAGAUUCAGCAGAACUUGAAAAUGAACCUAUGUUAAGGCAAGAGAGGCUUGAUAUCAAGAAGAAAAAACAUCGACACGUAUAAUGAAUCAAUCCUUUUUGUUUCUUUUUGCCGGUAUAAUGGAUCAAAAAGGCUACAUUUUGAUAUUGUUUUUUUCUGCGAUAACUUCAGCUGGAUCAAGUCCACUUCAGUGUAAAGGAAACCAGUUUGCUUUGGAUUACAGUGGACGAACAGGUUAUCGUGAAAGGCAAUUGAAGACAGACAAGCCUUUAAGUGCUCUUACGGCGUGCUUUUGGAUGAAAAGAUCAGAAACCGACGAUGCAUAUGUAUUUGUUUACACAACAGCGGUUGAUGAUAAGAAAAAAGUUUACAUGGUUGUGGAUUCAGAAGAAGUAAAAUUUAGGGUUCUUGAUUCAAGUGAAUUGCGUAUAGAGUUCAAAGAAGAAAUUGCAGAGAACACUGUAAUAAGUGUGUGUUUGACCUGGGACAAGGACAAAAGAUGCAACGUGUACAAAAACUCGGUGCUCCAGGAUUUCAAACUGACUCCAUCAAAUACGCCUGAAAUCCCUCCAGGUGGAACAUUUGCACUCGGAGGGAAGAAAGAUAAAAUUUUCAAAGGGUUUCUCAGCCAUUUUAACAUGUGGAGUUACGUCUUGCCUAUGGAGACCAUCGCAUUGAUAAGUCACCGGUGCUGGGCGGAACGUGGAGACGUAAUUUCUUGGGAAGACUUUAAGGAUGGAGGUCCUGUGUCUGGUGUGGUUCAUGCUCUUGAAGACAUUUGUCCAGAGAGAGUUCCUAUUUGGAACCAUCAUAAUCUCUUGGGGCACUGGCCUCUUGAUGGACCGGAUCAAAACAUCAGCCUCAAUUACAGUGCCGCCUACCUAGAAGGAAGGUAUGACCGUACAAGAUCUCUGUUCCUGGACAGUACUAAGGCUCAUGCCGUGAUGCCAUCUUACAACUUAAGUGGAAGUUUUACCAUAGCCUUAUGGUUGAAAUACACUUCAUUUGAAGAUCGUAACGCUACCAUACUUUCUAACUGGAAAACUAGUGGUCACGAGUUUAUUCUGAAAAUCAUUGGAAAUAAAAUUACAUUUCGAAGAGCCCGAGCCUCAAGUGAAGAGGUUUUUAAGGCAGGCGGCUUGGUUGUUCCUGGUAAAUGGUUCCACUUGGCAAUAGUAUGGAAUAAUGAAGUGUCAUCAUCAAGAUAUGAAUUUCAAAUGUUUGUUGAUGGGAAGCAACAAUUAAAGGUUGAUAAUGACAAACAAACCUGGAAUCAGAUCAAUUCCGAAACAUGGGACAUCGGAGGAACGACUUAUGAAUGGAAAUAUGGUUAUUAUCUUGGUUAUAUCAGUGAUUUGAUGGUUUUUAAUAGCACAUUGUCAAGUCAAGAGAUUGGUCAAGCAAUGGGCAUUGGUAUCAAACAAUUCAGUUCUGAUUGGAAACCAAGAUUUCCAGUGGCGGGGAAUCCACUGGUUGGAAUUCAGACGAGACAAGAGGCAUCCCCAGACGGCAAUAACUCUUGUGUGAACGAACGAAUGUUCGUACCAGGCGAUUGUCUCGGAGCUUUGUUAAUAUAUCAGAACCAAAACAAUCCUAUCCAUGUCAACAUCUCAGUUAAUGAUGAACUUAUUCCCGUCAUCUGCGAUCAGUCAACAAAUGGCGGAGGAUGGUUAAUAAUUGGUCGAAAGCUGAACGCCACAUUCAACAUUGAUCGAUCUAACUGGUAUACAAUGGGAUUUGGUCAACUUGAUCAUGAUUUUUGGUUAGGGAGUAAGUUGAUCGCCACUAUUACAAAACAACCUGUACAGCUUUCAAUCGAGAUUCAGGAUGAAUAUGGACAGAUGAGGCAUGCAGCGUAUAGAUAUUUUAAAAUGAAUGUCAAUAAGGGCAAUGAGAAGUCAGGUCGUGUUGCGCAUUACACCGGAAACGCUGGGGACGUUCUCGAGGCAGAAAGUUCCUCGAAUCAGAUACUGAUCGAAAAAAUCAAGAACUUAUUCAGUAAUGCAACCUUCAAGAGAGUAGAAAUGAAGAUUAGACCAAACAUAGAUCUCCCCAGUGAUUACGACCUGUAUUUCCAAUCAUCGCGUCCAGCUGACAACCAAGUCAAAGUGACUAAUCUCACAGAGAUAUCGUCUUUCACGAUCUGUGCAUGGAUACGGGUCCGAGUACCUCAUGUGGGCACCUUAUUUUCCUUGGUGUCGGAUGGUAUAUCUUGUCAUCUGAACUUUUUAAUAGCUGGAAAUACUUACUACCUGGCUGCCUCAUGUGGUGCAAACGAAGCCAAGAAAGUGUUUACCGGCUUUGACGAUCAAUGGCAUCAUGUAUGCGCUUCUUGGAAAGGCUCUACAAAUCUUGUCAUGUUAUAUUUGAAUGGGGUGAGGAUAGCAGAAAAGAUAGAAUCUGAAUCCGGGACACAAGUUAUCCCAAGAGGAGCAAUUCUUAACAUCGGUCAAAAUCAGACCUCUCGCGAUGACAGUUCAAUUCAAGUAGCCCAUAAUUUCAUAGGACAGCUAGGACACUUGGAUAUGUGGGACUUUCAUAUCCAGGAAAGUGAAAUAAUUGCCUAUGCCAGAGGUCCAAGUUCUCAGUCUGGUAAUGUAGUGCCUUGGGCUGUUGUACGAACUCUGGCUUCUGAUGGAAUACGGGUAAUAUAUCCUUCAUCGUGCUUGCUUAAAGAAAGGUAUCACUGGCGGUUUAACAAUGGCAACAACAGUGUUCAAUACGACGAGAACGCCAACAGCACAGCUGUAAUGCAGGGUUCGGUAGUCAAUGCCGAUGAGGAGUCUCUUGUUAUCGAGAGAGGAGGUUAUAUAAUGGCAUCUAAUAUGGUUCCACGAAAUGAUUCAUUGACGAUGUCAUUUUGGAUGAAACAGGAGGUUCUGAUAUCUGACAUUCUUGGGGAAAACGCAGCUUAUCACACUUACCUUAAAGACUGGCUCUCGCCUUUGGUAUCAUAUCAUGCAUCUUGGCUUCGUUGCUACUCAUCAAAGAAAGACGGUUGGCUUCUUUCCACGUUCCAUAAUAACUGUGACUUAAAAGGACCUACGAUAACACUGAUAAGGGUGAAGGACAAUGUCUUCGGUGGGAUAAUCGAUCAGAGUUGGGGAGGCACAUCAGGUUAUCUUGGAAGCACGAAUGCAUUCCUGUUUUCUCUCAAAAACCCGCACAAUAUUCCUGCCCUGAAGUUUCCCAUGGAAACUGAUUUACUAAAUUCACUAAAUAACGCGAGAGUAACAGCUGCUCAAACGAGUCCGUUUCUUGGCCCAAGCUUCGGAUUAAAUGAUCUGGUCAUUUAUGAAGACGCAAACAGUCGUGUCAGCGGUUAUAGUGAUCUUGGCAAUGCUUACAAAGUUCUAAAUAGUACAUCAAGUAAGAUCGGUACCAAUAAUAUCUUUACUGGAACUCGAUGGUUUUAUCCUGAUGAAAUUGAAGUCUUCUAUUAUGAUCUGACUCUCACCACCGUGUCAACCACGAAACAGUUGUCGUCUUCCCUGACCAACACUAAUGGAAUGUGGUGCUCUGGAUCGAGCAACGACAUUGCUGGUAAUGUGACCACGGAAAUGAGCAAUUUAGAUAGCAUUACUCACAUUGGCGUUGAAGGACAACCCGAAAAUCAUGUGACGUCCUUUGGUGUAAAAUACGACACUGCUGCUGAUAAAAGAGAGAAUGAGAGAAUAGAAUUAACAACGGUGUUUGCUUCAAGGAAUCAAGGUCGUCAAACCCUACAUGCGCUGAUGCCACCUAUAAGAGCAAGUAACGUCAGUAUUUACCCGAUCUCUUGGAAAGGCAAAAUAUGUAUGAAGAUUAAAUAUUUUACAUUCAAUAAAGCUUGUGGGGCCCCUCUUGGAAUGGAAAAUGGCACGAUUCCAGAUGAACGAAUUUCUGCUUCAUCAUCUUUUAAAACGUAUAAAUACGACGAAAGCCCCGAGCCAUAUCGAUGGCCAAUGCGUGGAAGAUUGAAUAAUAAUGAAGCUGGAAAAGCUUGGGUCCAAGCUAAUGAUAAAACGAAGGAAGAUUGGUUACAGGUUGACUUGGGCACUCGACGAAAUAUCAGAUGUGUAGCUUUACAAGGACUUAUCAAAAAAAUACAGUAUGUUAAAGAGUACAAAAUCUCGUAUAGUAAUGACGGAUCGCGGUGGGACUUUGCACAAACAGAUUAUAAUACAAAGAUUUUUAAAGGUGUCACAGAUAGUAUGCUUACGCUAACUAGCCCCACUCCGCGAAUGGUAAAAACAAGAUUUCUACGAAUCCACACUACGACAUGUAGAGAAACGAAAACCUGUGCUCUUAGACUAGAAAUUUACGAGAAUAAAACAGACUAUGGUGAGAGCUCUGGCUUACGGUUCUUUCUACGCAGAGGAAGUAACAACGUGAUGUAUGCUUCUCCUGCGAAAUCUUGGAAAAUAGAAAGCCAGCCAAAGAUCGUUAACUGGACACAUGUUGCAAUCACGUGGUCGUCGACCUAUGGCCUUAAAGUGUAUUACAAUGGAUCCCUGUUUAAUUCAGAUGAUACUACACAUAACCUUGUUCAAAUUAAUCAAUUCGGUCCUGUGUCAAUCGCCAUUGGGAUGGUGGAAGAGGAUGGACUGGGUAAUAAACCGAUGAAACUGAGUCAGUUGAAGGUCUGGCAGCAAGAGCUGAAUGAGAGAGAUAUUUUGGCAGACUUUCAGUCAAUAUCCUGUAACUUUGAAAAUGGAAGUUGUUGGGGUAGCACUCAAGAUACGAGAUCGCCAUCAUCAUGGGAGAGAACGUCGUACUGUUUGUCAGAUAAUGAAACAGGUUUAUGUCAGGAUGACUCUCUUACAGGGUACUACUUAAAGUUGAAGGCCUCUCCAGUUUCGUUCGGCCAGUCGUCAAUGUUUACCUCUCCUCUUCUACACAGCACAUACUCGUGUGUUUCUUUUACUUUUCUUUUAUCUGGCAACAAACACGUCGGCCGUCUAAACAUAAACUUGAUUGACAGCCAAGGAAACAAACGGUUGCUAUGGAGACGUGGUGGUAACCAUGGUAAAAUGUGGAUGGAGGCAAACGUGCCCGUUAAACAAGCCAAACCAUUUAAGAUCGAAUUUGAAGGGAUUAAAGGAAGGGAAUACGAUAGCUACAUUGCGAUUGACAAUAUCAAGAUAUCAAUUCAAACAUGUGAAACAUUGACUCCACAAAAUGCAAAUCCUAACAUCUUAGCUAUAAAAUCAUCUAUCCUUGACCACUGUCCUACACGCAUGCAAAGUUUAAAAGAUGUCCUAGUCAAGCAAGGCCUGGAUUCGUCGUCAUUAACGACAUGCUACACAUCACGCGAACAUGGAUGGAGCGCAAAUGCAUUUCACAGCCGUUGUGACUUGAAGGGUCCUACUUUGUUGCUGGCUCGUAGUGAAAAUAACGUUUUUGGAGGCGCUACGGAGCAGAGCUGGGGCCAAUCGUUCCCUGAUUCAGAUGCAUAUAGUCUUCAGUUUACCAGUGGUGUACCGAGUAACCAUGUCCUUUUGAAGGUGCCGCAUGAUAUGACAGCCUUUAGUCUCUCACUGUGGAUGAAGACUCCUUCUCAAACCCAAGUAGCUAUAGCUUCAACUGAAAAUAGUGAAUUUGCCCUCGAGUAUAAUUCAAGUCAUCUUAUCGUUCAGAUAUUUUCGUCCACUACAAUGGUUUCACACAAUCUUAACGAUGACAUUUGGCAUCAUAUAAUAGUGCAAUGGCAAAACAUAAAUGGAAACUGUACAAUCUUUAUCGAAGGCUCUCUUAAGAUUAGUGAAAAGCUAGGCAAUUCUAAAAACAAAACUAUACCAGCAGGAUCAUCUUUUGCACUCGGCAAGGGUUUUCAAUCCGGAAUUGGAUUUACUGGAUUUCUUGACCAUGUGAAUUUAUGGUCAAGUGUGAUCGGUGAGGUAGGAAAACUACUGAGUCGUGGAUGCCUCAGUUACCAUGGUAAUACGUUAGCUUGGCCAGUUUUCAAGGAUGGAAUAAAGGGAAUCGUCACGGUUGUUCCUUCAAGGUGCCAGGCAAAUAAAAGUGCCAGUAAUUACGAGAUGAUAUUUGAGAGAACGUCAAAUAAUGGCUACGUUCGGCUUGAUUCACCUUGGAAGAUCAACCUUGAACAGUUCACAAUAUCUUGGUGGAUGAAGACUGAGAGUAAAGAGAAUCUAUAUUUUUUCUCCCACGUGAAUUCCGCUUGUGCAGUGCAAGUGAAUCAUACAUUGAGCAUCGAUUAUAUUUUAGAUCAAUCCUCACAAAGAUGGCAGUUUUCCUUUAAGUUUACCAAACAGUGUAUGGAAGCCAUUGAAAAAAAAUUUUAUACCACUACACCAAUAAACGAUGGUUAUUGGCAUCAUUUGGCAGCCACUUGGUCUUCACACGAUGAAUUUCUUCGCUUGUACGUUGACGGGAGAUCUGAAGGAUCACAACUAAUGGCUGACUCGGAGAAUGUCCCCCAUUUACCUCCUGGUGGCAAAAUCAUACUUGCACAGAAAUCGAAUACUUUGAACGGGAGCUUGAAUGCUCUUCAAGUAUACGAGGGGAAAUUAUCUGGUUUUAACAUGUGGGACUUCGUGAUGGAUGAUGAAGCUAUCUCAGUACUUUCCUUGACGUGUGGAGCUGAAAGUGGUAAUUUGAUGCAAUGGACAGACUUACGACAUGGUGUAGUUGGUCAAAUCGAUGUCAUUUCACCAUCUUCAUGUCCAAGUGGUCAUUAUCGUCCAGAUAACGGGGCCUUUAUAUUUGCACUCCAUGCAGACGUAUAUUCUUCUACUGUAGCAAGGAUUCGUAGAGAGCAAGCAGAAGUAGCGACAAGGGAUGACUCGUCGCGUGGUCCAGUGUAUGGAGAUGCUCCACAUGAUCUUAUUGUUGGUGUUGAUGGAAAGAUGUAUACAGCGAUUUAUAAUCAAAACGUUUCCUACGAUACACAAAUACUGGCAAAUGGCAGCUUCUCUUUGAACGAAGUGGAGGUGUUUUAUCUCAAAGCAACCAUGUGCUCUUCAACGUGUCCAUACAAACACUCCUGUGAUGAAAUCAAUGGCGGCUGUAUAUGUGACACUGCUGGCACAUCAUUUGGUCUUUGCGAUAUAGAUAAGGAAUAUCAGAGCGCUGUCGACUAUUGGCCCCUUGACGAACCAAAGGCCAUUAAAAACCUAAGGAAAGAGAACUGGGGCACAUCAAAAUGCAACGUAACGUCUUCCAUUGGUGUUAAUGGAGGUGCUUUAAAAUCAAACGGUUUAUUGGAAUCCCAGAUUGAACUAGGAUAUUACGACACCAGCUGUCUAUCAUCUGUGUGUACGAUAUCCAUUGCACUGUGGCUUAAAUAUUGGCCAUCAACCAUUAGUGGGCGAUCCCAAACCUUCCUGGACAUUCAUGGAUUGUUUACUCUGUUUCAACCUGGAAAUUCUUCGACGCAGCUUGGAAUAAAAGCGUUUACAAGUGCAGGCCAUGUUUGUAACUAUGUCUUCAACGCAACGACGCACAUUUGGAGUCAGAUCUUUAUAAUAAAUUCCGCACAAGUGAUUGAUAUAUACAGAAAUGGGUUGUUGGUAACUGAGUUCGUCCAAAAGCAUUGUUGGAAUACUCCUACUCCUGCUCCAGCAGCCAGUGGAUUAAUAACAUUGAAUAAGGGCGGAGCGUUAGCAGAAUAUGAUGAUUUAGUGAUAUGGAAUACUAGCUUAUCUGAAAUGCAGAUUAAAGAUAUUUUCAAGUCGUACACAGAGAAAACUUUGGUCCCUAUCACGUUUAUCGUAAAAUUAACCCAGGAAGUUUGGCACGACGAUCUUUUGAAUGCCGAAAGUGAAUUGUAUCAUGAAGUUUUUAGAAAAAUACAGACCAACAUAACUAAAUUCUACAGUGGACUUAAUGUUUCGACUACUCUGCACAGCGUCUGGGAAGGAAGUGUGAUGAGUAAUUUCACUGUAAGUUAUCAUCCUUGGUCACCCGAUCUUGUGAUGUCUCUACAAAAUAACGUUUCUGCCUUCUCAAGCAUUAGCGACAUGCCUGUGCAAUUAUUUGAAGUAUCAGGAAGCCAAGUUCCAUCCAGACCAGCGAGUGUCCAGGCUGUAGUUUCAAGUACUUCGACAAUCGAUGUGGGCUGGAUGACUCCAGACAUGGAUGACAUCACUCAGUCAAUUUUUCAGGGUUAUUACGUCUACUUACGCCAGAAUGGGGUUGCUCGCCCUAAUCGUACUGUUGUUGUGGCACCAAAGACAACGACUACACUGCGUAACUUGCCAGCACAUACAGAAUUUCAAAUAUGGGUUAGUGGCUUCACCCUCAAAGGAGAAGGCAUGCCUUCCAGUAUUUUGAACCUUACAAUUGCACCCCCCAGAGGACCCCCUCAGAAUUUUACUGCUCGUUCAAACAUGCCAGCCUGCAUCAAAUUAAUGUGGCAACCAUAUCCAUUGAAAGUGGAAAACAAACCUCUACAAGGAUAUAGAAUUUUCUAUUAUGCUACAAAUAGAUCUUAUGUGCUGUUAAAUAAGACGGUGGAUGCUAAACAAAAUGCUCUAGUUAUGUGCGACUUGAUGAUGGCUACCAAUUACACAUUUCGUAUACUUGGUUUCAAUGACCUGGAUGGUCCAUCGUCUGAUCCAAUAAUCGUAAUGACAACCACAGAUGUACCAGUGGGCAAGCCAGUUAUAACAGAUGCCUAUAACACAAGCACAACAAGCAUCGUGGUCAAAUGGGAUAGAAUUCCUUCGAACCUUACUCGAGGCAUCAUCGUUGGAUACGAAGUUCAGAUUUAUCGUAAUGAUAGUCGCGACAAGGCAGUGAGCACAAUGAUGGUUGACUGUGAGAAUGUGACCGUCAAAGGACUAGAAAAGUACACAGCUUACGUCAUUACGGUAGCUGGUACUACAAAAGGAGGAAAAGGACCAUACAGCGAUCCCGUGGUUUGUUUCACUGACGAAGAUGAGCCCGAAGGAUCUCCAAGCAACAUAACGUUGGUGGAAGCCACUGCUAGAAGCCUGAAUAUCAAAUGGCUGCCGAUCCCAAAAACCAAAAGAUUUGGCAUCAUCAUUGGGCAUACUGCAGUGUACUAUUCUUUAGAUGACGGAAAUAAAGUCGUCUUCAAUCAGACAUGCGUAUCAUGUGUUACAACGAUGAACAUCUCCAACCUCAAGCCAUUUAGAAACUAUCGUGUUGAAAUAUUUGGGUUUAAUUCCAAGGGUAAUGGACCAAUCACAAACAUGUCUAUUACGUUUCAAACCAUGCAAGCAGCUCCUUCCAUUGGCCCAAUAAUGAAGUCUGCAGUCAACCAAAGCUCAACGUCAGUGCUUAUCAAAUGGGAUCCUAUUCCUAAACAAUCCGUCAACGGUAUUUUGCAGUCUUACGUGAUAUCAUAUCACAAAGCAGACUCUUUAGCAUUCCUUAAUAAAACAGUUCUCAUUGACCAAGCCACCGUUCCAAAAAGACGACGACGAAGAGCAAUUGAUUAUAAUACUCCACAAGUUUUGUUAGACGGACUGGAUAAAUUUACAACUUACUCCAUUAUGGCAGCGGGGGUUACUGUUGCACAAGGUCCAUUCGGCUUAUCGAUAAAUGUAACCACAGAUCAAGAUGUUCCAGAAGCACCUUCACUUCUUGAAGCAAAAAAUACAAGCUCAACAUCGAUCAUUGUUACCUGGCAAGAACCAUCCAAACCUAACGGUAUAAUCCAAGGCUAUAUAGUAUACUACAGUGAGGCGGAUAACUCCUCUGGAUCUGCUAUUCUUAGGAGUAAAACAGUCCGAGCUAUGACCACCACCUUGACUGGACUUACAAAUUACACGACAUAUUUAAUAAAAGUUGCUGCUUAUACAACAAAAGGAGUAGGAGCUUUCAAUACGACGAGAUGUACAACAGACGAAGCAGUACCCACAGGGCCUCCGCAGUCAGUUUCCGCGUUUGCUGCAAGUACAGUAAGCAUCGAAGUAAGAUGGCAACCAGUUCUAGACGUACAAAGAAGAGGAGUCAUUACUCACUACAUAAUCGAAAUUAAAAACUCGAGUGGCUCACUUGUUGGAGAACACACCAUUCCUGGUGACCAAUACACCACCAUCAUUGGGGGACUAGGAAAACGCAGUAAUUAUACUGUCAGAAUAAAUGCUUAUACUCGUAUUGGACCAGGACCCUUCAGUGAAGAAGUUUUUGCCACGACUGGUGUAGCAGCUCCGAAAGUCCCUCCAGGAAACGUGACAGCCGAACUCAAUGGAACUACUGAAAUCCUUGUCAAGUGGAGCAACCUUGAAUUACAUAUAAAUGGGGCGGUUCGAGGAUACCGUAUCACUUAUACCGAGACAAACCAUCCAUUCUCUACCCUUAAGAACGUUACUGUGGAUAAUACCAAACAAGAUGUACUACUGACUGGACUGUAUUACUACACACAGUACAAAAUCCGAGUCGCUGGGUUUACGAUUCGGGAUGGGAACUUUAGUGACCCUGUAUACGUGACAACUGGAGAAGGAGUUCCAGGCCAACAUCCAAGCAAAAUAGUAGUUUCCAACAGAGGAUCAAGAGAAAUCGGCCUAUUUUGGGAUGAAGUUGACGCUGGCUACCGAAAUGGAAAAGUUAUAAAAUACCGCGUGCUGUACAGGAAGACCGUUCCGGCUGGAGAACCCUACCUUAGUCAAGAAAGUGUAGGAUAUUCAAUGAUACUGCAAAAUCUUGAAAGAUCAACCACUUAUGAAAUGUUGUUGGCAGCAGGAACUUCCGUGGGAUAUGGAAAUAGUUCUAUUCAUUAUUUAAAAACUGAUGAAGAUGUUCCUAGUCAGGCACCUAUUAAUCUGACAGCGCAUAACUGGACAAGCCUUUACAGUUUACCCGUUACUUGGGAACCAGUACCUCAACAAUACAUGCAUGGGGUAUUAACGAAUUACUAUCUGAGCUACUUUUUGGUCAAAGAAGGAGACAAAGAUGUUCUCAAAAAGAAAGUGUUCGAAAAGAUAUUGCCAGCGAGCCAGACCUGGUUCAACAUCACAGAUCUUCUUCCCCUUUCAGUGUAUAAGAUAGAGGUUGCUGCUUCCACUAAAAAAGGAACCGGUCCAAUAAGUAUCACAUUUGGAGAAACUUGUCGAUGCAAGAAGAAAUUUUCCACCAACUGGAAACAGUACCAACCUUAUUCUAAUGUUAGCAAAGAUGGCCGCCCUGGACAUAUCAUUCCUAUAAUGAUUCAAAAUAUGGCUUCUUAUUGUUGUGAGACUUGCAAAGAGCAUGGACAAUCCGAGGUGGACUUUCAUUAUGAUGGCCAUGGACAGAAGGCAGAGAAAACAUCCCUGCAACAGUUGAUCCGAGAAAUUGACGGCGAAACCGACUUCAGCUUUCCAGUUUACGGUUACCACGAUCAAACAACAUUCAAAGGUGGUCUUGGAUAUACUCCAUUGAUCGAAUCACCUGGAGUAGCAUUUAUUGUUGGGAAAGACAGUUACAACUUCAAAGAACAAAUGUUUGAAGGUGUCUUGAGCUGUUGGCCUGUGAUAGCCUUACCGCUGGUCAUGACUUGUAUUGCAGGUUUCAUUGUCUGGUUGCUGGAAUUCACAAAAUCAACAUCUGAUUUUCCAAAGCCUUUUAUUAAAGGAUUCAACGAUGGAAUAUGGUGGUCAUUUGUUUCUAUGACAACAGUGGGAUAUGGUGAUAGGAUACCAAAGUCUUUUGCUGGACGUUCAUUUGCCGUGUGUUGGACACUGACCGGAAUUGUAAUUAUAUCAGUUGCCACAAGUAGCUUGACCACUACUCUAACAGAAAUCACAGUAAAGAGCGAAAAGCGACUGUAUGGAGCAAAAGUUGCUGCUUUACAAGAUGGUCCAGAAUUUCUCCUGGGAAUAAGACGAAAUGCUCUUGUUAAUGAAAAGAACAAGUACUAUACUUUAGAUGCGGUAAUGGAGGCCUUAAAUGCACGUGAGGUACGGGGCAUACUCGUGGAUACAUACGCUGCUGGAUCAAGGCCUGACCUGUUUAAUGAGCCCUCUCUGCGAGUAGCCAAGGUUUUAGAUUACAAAAUGGCUUAUGGACUUGUAACAGCCGGACACGCCAUAAAGUUGCGACGGUGUUUCCUUGACUUCCUUAACGUAAACAAAGCCGACAUCUACUACAGCAUCGUUAAUAAUGUGCGGCAAGUCCAGAAUAAAAAAUAUGACACUUCAAAGACAGUUUCAACUGGGCUUUUCGACCCUAAUGCCGAUUUCUUUAAAAAAUCCGUCAAAUACACAUUGGCAACGUUAAUAUCGUUAGUAGUUGUUGGAAUCUGCUAUGAGUUCAUUAGGAAGUUGAGACUGAGAGCACGAAUUGAUAACGAAGAAAAGCUUAGAGUGAUGAUAAAUAAAAAAGAAGAAAUGAGCAGCAUUGUACGCGACUUGAAACAGACAAUGAGCAAACUCUGCGAAGAGCUCACUGAAAAACACAAAAAAGAAAUAUUCCUUUUAAGGAAAAUGAAAAGGAAAGCUAAAAAAACAUUUGGAAAUCAUGAACAAGAAGUUCCAAUGAAAAGAUUAACUCARAAAGACGUUUCUUUAUAAUCAAGUCAAUAACCCAUGAAGCCUAAGGCCAUGAGGGCGAGAGGUCUAAUUGUUUUAGUCAAAACCAAUUUGUCGGUCAAAUAAAUGGAUACAAAGAAUUUUGGCCGGAAUUAGUUUGAAAACGCGAGCCGCCAUUCUUUUGGUUUUCAAAACCAAUACUUUUCGCUAUGCUUGUUGUCUAGAACACGGUCGUGACACGGUGAAGCAUACGGAAGAUCAAUCACAUUGCUUGAUACUGGCGUUACUCUCCAUCCAAUCAAAUACCCGGAACGCGACAUAGACACAGCGCAGACACAGUCACACCAAGGUCACGGCACUGCCAUACCAAUUACAUUGCGCGAGAAAAAAAAUUAGCGAAUUAAAAUUCUAGAAAACAUCACGGUCCACGGCAAGGCAUCCAUAAAAAUUAGGUCACCCAUAAAAAUUAAAUAAAUCAUAAAAUGAAUAAACCACGGUAGCUCAGCUACCGCAGCGAAGGGUUUAUGAUAAACCAUUUAGACUAAUACACGAUAGACGGAGUAAUAAAAGUAUUUAUUUGUGUGUAUACAGUCCUUUGAAUAAACGUUGUCGUUGAUUGGAACAUCCCUUCGCGCCUAGACCGAAAAGGAUAACGGGUAAAUUACCCAGAACUUGCGU